UAGAUUCUUGAAGAUUCUAAAAUGCGGUUUGAGGAAAAAUUAACUGCUGUCAUUAAAAAAGUGAAGAAUGAUUUGCAGAAUUUGUCAGAACAUACAAGUGAUCUUGUGACCCUUGGUGACGUAUCCAUGGUUCAAGAAUACAGGAAGGAAGCACUCCAGCUCCACAGAAGAAUCAAAAUGGCUGAAGCAUCCAUUGCAUGGAUCAAUGAGGAAGAGUCUCUGGCAAAGCAAGCACCAAGCACUUAUCCUGAAGUUGAGACGAUAUUAAAUGCCAUUAAUCCUUUUAUCCAACUCUACCAGCUUUUUAUUGAUUGGGACGAGGCUGAAAAAGAGUGGAUGGAAGGUGGGUUUUAUGAAUUAGAUGCCACAGCUAUUGAAGCCAAAGUGUCAGAAUUUAAAAUUAAAGCUUUCAAAAUAAAGAGAGGCUUGCAAAAUAUUUUGAAGGAGAAACUGAAGGAAUCAAAAAGAAAUACAGUCACAGAAGUAACACUUCCUCCUCUGGAAAUUGCAGACAAUGCUAUUAAGAGAAUUACCAAAUUUGCCCGAAUUGUGCCAGCCAUUAUAGUUUUGUGCAAUCCUGGAAUGAAAUUGCGCCAUUGGAAGAUGGUGUCUGAGAUUGUGGGGAAGAGAGUGAUACCUGACACUUCGACAACAUUCAAGGACCUCAUUGAAAUGAAUGUCCAUGAUUAUGUGGAAGAGAUUGCUCCCAUCAGUACAAAAGCAUCUCGGGAACUUGGUUUAGAGAAAGCUCUGAAAAAGAUGAAAGAGGAGUGGCAAGAUAUACGGUUCGUUACAGUAGCUCACCGAGACACAGGAACUUAUGUUCUGUCCUCGGUAGAUGACAUUCAGACUCUGCUGGACGACCACAUCGUGAAAACUCAAGCCAUGAGGGGAUCUCCUUUUGCGAAGCCUUUCGAAGGAGAGAUCAAGGAAUGGGAAGAUGUUCUGAAAUUGACUCAAGACUCCAUUGAUGAGUGGCUAAAAGUGCAAAUGCAGUGGCUUUAUUUAGAGCCCAUAUUCUUCUCUGCCGAUAUAUUGCAGCAGAUGCCAAGGGAGGGGGCUCUUUUCCAAUCAGUCGAUCACAUCUGGAGAGAUAUAAUGCGAAACACAACUGAGAAACCAAAUGUUUUAGAUAACACUUCAACACCAAAAGUUUAUGAGGAACUCUGCAAUUGUAACAGCAUGCUUGACAAAAUUAACAAGGGGUUGAACUCGUACUUAGAAAAAAAGAGACUUUAUUUUCCUAGAUUCUUCUUUCUGUCAAAUGAUGAGAUGCUGGAGAUUCUCUCUGAAACAAAAGAUCCACUGAGAGUUCAGCCUCACUUGAAGAAGUGUUUUGAAGGCAUAGCAAAUCUGGACUUUGAUGAAGACUUGAAAAUAACGGGUAUGCUCAGUAGUGAGGGUGAAAAAGUAUUUUUCACGAGUGUUAUAUCAACCAAGGAUGCUGGUGGCCAAGUUGAGAAAUGGUUGCUCCAGGUUCAAGAUGUUAUGUUGGUGUCAGUAAGAAGUGUUAUCUUUGACGCUCACAAGUCCUACUCAUUGGUUCCUCGCAUCAAGUGGAUUGUGGAGUGGCCAGGACAGGUGGUACUGUGCGUGUCGCAGAUCUACUGGACUGCAGAAGUGCAUGAUGCAAUUGCUGGUGGGAUGCAAUCCAUGAAAAAUUUCUCUGGUAAACUGAAUGAGCACCUGGCUGAAAUUGUUGACUUGGUGAGAGGAAAGCUGACCAAGCAAGUGAGGACGACCAUCGGAGCAUUGGUGGUUAUUGACGUCCAUGCUAGGGAUGUUGUUCUAGAUUUAAUAAAGAAUGGUGUUGAAGAUGAGCAUGAUUUCCAGUGGUUAGCUCAGCUUCGGUAUUAUAUUGAAAUGUAUGAAGAUGUUGAACAAGUUCGUGUUCAGAUCACAAAUGCUAAUGUCAAAUAUGCAUAUGAGUAUUUGGGAAACUCCCCUAGAUUAGUAAUAACACCUUUGACAGAUCGUUGUUAUCGUACCCUGAUUGGGGCAUUUCAUCUCCACCUGAACGGAGCUCCCGAGGGUCCAGCAGGAACUGGAAAAACAGAGACUACAAAAGAUUUGGCAAAAGCCUUAGCUGUCCAGUGUGUAGUUUUCAAUUGCUCAGAUGGACUGGAUUACAUUGCAAUGGGGAAGUUUUUUAAGGGUUUAGCUUCUGCCGGUGCAUGGGCAUGUUUUGAUGAAUUUAAUCGUAUUGAAUUGGAAGUACUUUCUGUAGUAGCACAACAGAUCCUAUGUAUUAUCCGUGCUGUGAGAGCUGAUGUCAAAACCUUCACUUUUGAGGGAACUGAACUAAAUUUAAAUCCAAACUGUUAUGUGUGCAUCACAAUGAAUCCGGGCUAUGCUGGAAGGUCAGAAUUACCAGACAAUCUCAAAGUGCUGUUUCGUACUGUGGCCAUGAUGGUGCCAGACUAUGCCAUGAUUGGAGAGAUCUCGCUAUAUUCCUAUGGAUACUUAGACGCCAGGAAUCUGGCAGUGAAAAUAGUGACCACCUACAGACUGUGCUCUGAACAGCUCUCAUCCCAGAGCCACUAUGAUUAUGGAAUGCGAGCUGUAAAAGCAGUUUUAGCUUCUUCUGGAAAUCUGAAAUUGAAAUUUCCCGAUGCGGAGGAAGACAUACUGCUUCUGAGAUCUAUUUUGGAUGUGAAUUUGCCAAAGUUUUUGUCUCACGACAUUCCAUUAUUUGAGGGAAUCAUAUCAGAUCUUUUCCCUGGUAUCACUUUACCCAAACCUGACUAUCAAGUUUUCUUGGGAGCCGUGAAAGAAGUCUGUGAAAAAAGGAAUCUCCAAGCAGUGGAUGUAUUUAUUUCUAAAAUUAUCCAGACGUACGAGAUGAUGGUUGUUAGGCAUGGUUUUAUGCUUGUUGGUGCUCCAAAUGCUGGGAAGACAUCCGUCUUGCAUGUCCUGGCUGACACCCUAUCCCUCCUCAAAGAAAGAGGUGACAUGGAGGAGGAAGCAGUUACUUAUCGAACUGUGAAUCCAAAGUCUGUUACGAUGGGACAACUGUUUGGAGAAUUUGAUCCUGUCACAUAUGAGUGGUCCGAUGGCAUUGUGGCUAUUACAUUUCGGGAAUUUGCUUUUUCUAAAAGCCCUAACAGGAAGUGGGUAGUAUUCGAUGGUCCAGUUGAUACCCUCUGGAUAGAAAGCAUGAACACUGUCUUGGAUGAUAACAAAAAACUUUGUCUGAUGAGUGGAGAAAUCAUCCAAAUGUCUAAUUUAAUGAGCAUGAUCUUUGAAGUCAUGGAUUUAUCACAAGCUUCACCAGCUACAGUUAGUCGGUGUGGUAUGAUUUACAUGGAACCCACUGCUCUUGGUCGGGUGCCCAAAGUACAUUCAUGGCUGAAUACUAUCUCGGAUGCUUGGAGUGCUGAUAACAAAGCUCUUAUUUUCGCCCUCUGCAACUGGCUGAUUGAAUCAACGACAGAAUUUGUGAGGAAGCAUUGCAAAGAGGUGAUUCCAAUGAGUGACAGUGAAAAAGUGGAUUCUUUUCUCAAAAUGGUGGAGAUGAUCAUGAGUGAUGCUUGCGCUGAUGAGGAAGCAAAAAAGAUACAGAAUGACAAAAAGAUUCUGAAGGGAUGGAUCAUAGGAGUUUUUAUGUUUUCUACUGUGUGGUCCAUUGGCGCUACUUGUGAUGAGCAAAGUCGAGAAAAAUUCAGUGAUUUUCUUAAGAUAUUGACAAUUGGUGAAAAUUCAAACUACCCAAUACCGACUGAAGUUGGAAUGAAAAUUGAUUGCACUUUUCCAAAAGAACUGUCUGUGUAUGAUUAUAAAUUCAUGAUAAGGGGCAGAGGUCAAUGGUUUUCUUGGAGAGACUCCAUAGUCCCUUUGACCACUACAAAUAUUAGCAUGAGAGACAUCAUAGUUCCCACUGUGGAUACAGUAAGAUCCUCUUACCUGAUGGAUCUUGGAAUACGUCACAAAAGACCUCUGUUACUCAUAGGUCCAACAGGAACAGGCAAAACAGCUUAUGUUCAAGAUAAGAUGAUGAAAGGACUUGAUAAGGAUGCUUUUAUACCUUCUUUUAUUGCUUUCUCCACACAAACUUCAGCUGGACAAGCUCAAGACAUGAUCAUGUCAAAACUGGAGAAAAAAAGGAAAGGUGUUUAUGGACCACCAUUUGGGAAAAAGUGUGUAAUAUUCAUCGAUGAUCUGAACAUGCCUGCUGUUGAAAUGUAUGGUGCACAACCUCCUAUAGAACUUUUGAGACAGUUUUUUGACCAUGGAAUAUGGUAUGAGAAAAAAGAGAAGUGCGAAAUCCGCCUUGUAGACACUCAGUUCAUAGGAGCGAUGGGUCUUCCUGGUGGAGCUCGUAACAAUAUAACGCCAAGACUCAUGCGCCACUUUGGUAUCAUAGGCGUCAAUCCUUUUAGUAUAUCGACUAUGAUCUCUAUUUUCUCUUCUGUGAUAAGCAUCUAUUUUAAGAACAAUCAUUUCCCCCCUGAAGCCCACCUGAUUGGUGAAACAAUAGUGAUGGCCACAGCCGACAUUUACAGCUCUGUCUUGAAACAUCUGCUGCCAACUCCAGCAAAGUCCCACUAUACAUUCAAUUUGAGGGAUUUUGCCAGAAUCAUUCAGGGCUGCUGUCUCAUCAAGAAAGAAUCGCUUGAAAAGAAAAAAAUACUCACCAGGUUAUGGGUGCAUGAAGUAUAUCGUGUCUUUUAUGAUCGUUUGACAGAUAAGGAAGACUGCGAUUGGCUGUUUCAACAAACAAGGGAGACAAUGGAAAUACAGUUCAAAGAAAACUUCAAUUCACUUUUCAAGCACUUGUGUUCUUCAGCAGAUUGGAAAGUGUGUGAUGAUGAUAUGAGAAAUUUAAUGUUUGGGACAUUUAUGCAGUACGAGGAGCCUGUUUCCGACAGGCGAUAUAACGAAGUGACAAGUGUCGAAGAUUUUCAAACGGUUGCCAACAAGUGCCUGGAAGAGUACAAUUCUAUCAGCAAAUCUCCCAUGAAUAUGGUUAUAUUUAGGUAUGUUCUGGAGCAUUUGUCUAGGAUUUGCAGAGUUCUAUCUAUGCCUGGUGGAAAUGCAUUGCUGGUGGGUGUUGGUGGUAGCGGGAGACAGUCAGUGACAAAACUCGCCUCGUUUAUUAAUGGACAGUGGCUGUUUCAACCAGAGAUAACGAAACACUAUGGUCUGAAUGAAUGGAGAGAGGAUAUCAAAAAAGUCAUGAAAUCUGCGGGUGCCGAAGGUAAGGGAACAGUUUUCCUGAUCACAGAUUCCCAAAUUAAAGAAGAAAGUUUCCUGGAAGAUAUAGAUAACUUACUCAACUCUGGAGAAGUCCCAAACCUUUUUGCUAUUGAUGAAAAACAAGAAAAAAUCGAGGCAGUACGCCCCCUGGUGGAGAAAGAGGAAGGUGCCGAUUUGUCUCCAUUGUCCCUCUUCUCUUAUUUUGUGAAGAGAUCGAGUGAGAAUCUACACAUAAUCAUCGCUAUGAGCCCAAUUGGUAACACGUUUCGAAUCAGACUGAGGCAGUUCCCCUCCCUCAUUAACUGCUGCACAAUAGACUGGUUUCAGGCAUGGCCAGAAGAUGCUCUGGAGAGAGUGGCUGAACACUCCUUCCGUGACAUGGAUUUGGCACCUGAAAUGCAAAUAAGUCUAGUACCAAUCUGUAAAUAUUUUCAUAUAAGAGCUCAAGAUUUAUCUACUCAGUUUUUUAAUGAACUUGGCCGCAACACGUACAUCACACCCACUUCAUAUUUGACAUUGAUUUCGUCUUUCAAGCAGCUCUUACAUGAGAAGCAGGAAGAGAUAAAAUCAUCCAUCCAGCGUUAUAAAGGUGGCCUGGGCCAACUUGAGUUCUUUUCUAUCACAAUCACAGGAAUGCAAAAGGACAUUGAAGAACUGAAACCCAAAUUAGUCAUUGCUCAACAAGAAGCUGAAGAGUUUAUUGAAAAAAUAAAAAGAGAGUCCCAAGAUGUUGAAAAGGUGAAAGCAGUUGUGAAUAAAGAUGAAGAGCAUGCGAGCGACAGAGCAAAGGAGUCAUCUGCUUUGAAAGAGGAGUGUGAGGCAGAUCUGGCUGAAGCUUUGCCUGCUCUUGAAGCUGCACUGGCUGCUUUGGACACAUUAAAACCAUCAGAUAUCACUCUAGUAAAAUCCAUGAAAAAUCCUCCCAAUGCUGUGAAAGUCGUUCUUGCUGCUGUGUGCAUCAUGCAGAACAUAAAACCAGACAGAGUGACUGAUCCAGGUACUGGAAGAAAAGUAAAUGAUUAUUGGGGACCAUCCAAAAAACUACUUGGGGACAUGGGAUUUCUUCAGUCUCUUAAGGAUUAUGAUAAAGACAACAUUGAUCCUGUAAUCAUGGAAAAAAUACGCGGUGAGUACAUCCACUUGCCAGAGUUCAAUCCUACAAAUGUUGCAAAAGCCUCUUCUGCUGCCGAAGGUCUCUGUCGUUGGGUUUUGGCUAUGGAAAUUUAUGACAGGACAGCUAAAGUUGUAGCACCCAAGAAAGCAAAACUGGCAGAAGCUGAGGAGCAACUAGAGCUGAUUAUGGAAUUGUUAAAUGCCAAACGUUCUGAACUGGCAGCUUUAGAAUCUAAACUGGCUGCUCUAAAAAAAGAUUGUGAUGAAUCAAUACAAAAGAAAAAAGAUUUAGAAGCGCAAACUGCUUUAUGUGAAAUUAACUUACAAAGAGCUGAAAAACUACUUGGAGGCUUAGGAGGUGAAAGGAUGAGAUGGGCAAACGAGGCCAAGAGUCUUGAAGUGAAAUUAGGGAACUUAUCAGGUGAUGUCCUCCUGGCAUCCGGAGUCAUUGCUUAUCUUGGACCUUACACUUCACAUUACAGGAGUCAAUGCAUUGAGGAUUGGGUCAGAUAUUGCAUCAAACAUAGAAUUCCAUGCACUAGAAAAUUUUCAUUGAGUGAAACUCUUGGAGAUCCUGUAAAAAUACAGUUUUGGAAUUUGAAUGGUCUGCCCAGAGACGCUUUUUCUACUGAUAAUGGUGUCAUCGUAGAAUAUGGAAAGAGAUGGCCCCUCAUGAUAGAUCCGCAGGGUCAAGCAACCAAGUGGGUGAAGAAUAUGGAGAGUAACUUGGCGGUCGUGAAUCUCACUGACCCUGAUCUCCUUCGGACACUGGAGAACAGCUUACAAUUUGGGUGGCCAGUUCUGUUGGAAAAUGUGGGGGAGGUAUUGGAUCCUUCUUUGGAGCCACUUCUUCUCAAGAAAACCUUCAAACAAGGUACUAUGGACAUGGUACAGAUUGGAGAUACUGUUGUGGAGUUCAACAAAGAUUUUCGCCUGUACAUCACAACCAAGCUACGAAAUCCCCAUUAUUUGCCCGAGAUUUCAACCAAAGUAUCACUACUAAACUUCAUGAUAACUCCUGAAGGUUUAGAAGAUCAACUCUUGGGCAUUGUUGUAGCUCAAGAAAGGCCAGACUUGGAGGAAGCUCGCCAGCAGCUGAUUGUGCAGACAGCUGCGAAUGAGAAGUCUCUGAAAGAGCUUGAAGACAAGAUCCUCUACACCUUGGCACAGUCAGAGGGGAGCAACAUUUUGGAGAAUGAAGAGGCCACAAAUAUUCUGGAUUCAUCAAAGUUUCUUGUGGAUGACAUCAAAGCAAAGCAAAAGAUUGCUGAUGAAACCACUGCAAAUAUCAAUGAGUCUCGACUUUUGUACCAACCUGUUGCUCAAAGAUCCUCUGUUCUGUUCUUCUCCAUAACAGACCUUCCCAACGUUGAUCCUAUGUACCAGUACUCUCUUAACUGGUUCAUCAACUUGUUUUUGAGAGCCAUUCAACAAAGUGAGAAGUCGGAUGACUUAACUCAGCGACUGCAGAAUCUCAGUGACUAUUUCACGUACAGUUUGUACUGCAAUAUAUGCAGAUCCUUAUUUGAAAAGGACAAGUUGCUCUUCUCCUUUGUACUCUGCUGCAAUUUGCUGAUGUCAGAUAGAAAAUUAGAAAAAACAGAAUUUAAAUUUUUUCUAACUGGGGGUGUUGGACUGGAAAAUACAACGCCAAAUCCUGCUUCAGCAUGGUUGCAAGAUAAAUGCUGGGAUGAAUUGUGCAGAUUAUCAGAUUUUAAAGUAUUCCAUGGCUUGAAAGAUGAAUUUAUGUCUACUGCAGAAUCCUGGAAAGAAAUUUCUAACUCUAAAGACCCACAAAGCAUUCCACUGCCUGGUAUUUGGGAAGAAAAACUCUCCCUUUUUCAAAGACUCUUGCUUUUGAGGUGUUUAAGAUUUGAUAAGAUCGUGCCGAUGGUAACAAAAUUUGUAUCUACAAACCUUGGCAAGAAAUUUGUGCAGCCUCCUCCUUUUAAUUUACCCGAGAGCUACAAUGAUUCUGGUUGCACCAUCCCUCUCCUCUUUGUUCUGUCUCCAGGAGCUGAUCCAAUGGCAGCUCUCCUCACAUUUGCUGAAGACAAAGGUUUCAGUGGAGACAAGUUUUCUGCCAUUUCACUUGGACAAGGGCAGGGACCAGUCGCAGAAACUAUGAUCAAGGAUGCCAGAGAGAGAGGCUCAUGGGUUGCACUUCAAAAUUGUCACCUAGCUGUGUCUUGGAUGCCUGAAUUAGAAAAAAUCUGCAACAAUCUAACUGAAGAAAAUACUCAUCUAGACUUUCGUCUUUGGCUAACCAGUUAUCCGUCUGCCAAGUUUCCUGUGUCAGUGUUACAAAGCAGUGUCAAGAUGACCAAUGAACCUCCCACUGGCUUGAAACAGAACUUGCUACAGUCUUAUUUGGGUACUCCUAUAAGUGACACAGACUUCUUCAAUGGAUGUGGAAACAAAAACACAGAAUUUCACAAACUUAUGUUCGGCCUAUGCUUCUUCCAUGCGCUCAUUCAAGAGCGGAAAAAGUUUGGUCCGAUCGGCUGGAACAUUCCUUACGGCUUUAAUGAAUCGGACUUAAGAAUAUCUCUUCAACAACUUCAGAUGUUUGUCAAUGAGUACAGUGAGGUGCCUUUUGAGGCAAUCACCUACAUGGUCGGAGAAUGCAAUUACGGUGGUAGGGUCACCGACGAUUGGGAUAGGCGCUGCCUACUUACACUCUUAGUAGACUUUUGCAAUCCAAGCAUCAUUGAGGAGGGUCAGUACAAGCUUUCUGUAUGUGGUGAUUAUAUGGUACCCAAUGUAGAUGUCUAUGAAGACAUUCUGAAGCUCAUUCGAAAAUUUCCUGCAACUCAAGAGCCUGAAGUGUUUGGUAUGCAUGAAAAUGUGGACAUUACAAGAGAGCUGCAGGAGAGUCGAAAACUGCUCGACAACAUCUUACUGAUUGAAGGAUCAGGCGGAAUGUCAGAGGGUGAUACUACUGAGCACCAGUUAAUUGGCAUUGCAGAGGAUAUUUUGUCCAAGCUACCAGAGAAUUUCAAUUUGGAGAGAGCUGGUGAAAAAUAUCCCGUUUGUUACGGUGAGAGCAUGAAUACGGUUCUCGUUCAAGAAAUGGAGAGAUUUAAUAAGCUGCUUACAGUUAUCCGUACAUCUCUGUUACAAUUACAAAAAGCCUUAAAAGGCAUGAUCGUGAUGUCUUCAGAACUGGAAGCUUUAACAGGAAGUCUUUUGAUUGGACGACUCCCAGUCAUGUGGGCUUCUUCGUCUUACCCGUCACUGAAACCCCUGGGAAGCUACAUCAAUGAUUUCUUGCAGAGAUUGCAGUUUUUACAAAACUGGUAUGACAAUGGAAAGCCACCUGUGUUUUGGAUAUCUGGCUUUUAUUUCACUCAGGCUUUUCUGACAGGUGCCAUGCAGAACUACGCAAGGAAAUACAAAAUACCCAUUGACCAACUAGCUUUUGAAUAUGUGGUCUUGAGAGCUGAGGCCUCAGAUACUGCACCUGAUGAUGGUGUUUACAUCAUUGGUUUAUUCUUAGAUGGUGCAAAGUGGGAUAUAAAAAGAAAUCUAUUAGCUGAACAAGAUCCUAAAGUUCUCUCAUAUUCUAUGCCUAUUAUUUGGCUUCUACCAGACAUGAAAGCAAACAUAGUGGAAGGGCAACGCUACAAGUCUCCACUAUAUAAGACAAGUGAAAGAAGGGGCACUUUGUCAACUACAGGUCACUCUACAAAUUAUGUUCUACAUUUUCUCCUCCCUACAGACAAACCACCAGAACAUUGGAUAAAAAGAGGAACUGCACUACUCUGCCAACUGGACAACUGAAACCCCUCCUUUUUUUUAAACCAUCCGUGUGUAAAUUAGUAUUUAUUCAUGUAAAAGAAAAUAAAUGUGAUGUGAGUAUAUAAUAAGACUUAUUUGCAUUGAGUAUUGAUUUUCUACUAAAUUAUAGUAAAUUUUCCUAUUA